AGAGAGAGAGAGAGAGAGAGAGAGAGAGAGAGUUGGGCCCUAAACAUUUAAUAAGAGCCACCACACCACAUCCUCAAACUUAAAACAUCUCUCUCUCACAACACUAAUCAAACCCUUCAGAAUAAUAAAAAUAGUACAGAGAGAGAGAGAGAGAGAGAGAGAGAGAGAGAGAGAGAGAUGGCAAGGGUAUUGGUGGUGCAGCAUAGGCAGCCUCACAGCAAUUGGGUCUCUCCCAACUCAUCUCUCCUCAAUUCUGCUCUAUCAGACUUCCAUGGUGCAGCAGCACUUAACAUCUCCAUUCAGAAAAGGAGGAGAAAAUGGCAACCAAAAGGGGCAGUCGAGGUGAGAGCAUCAGCAAGCUCCAAGAACAUCCUUAUAAUGGGAGGCACCAGAUUCAUUGGUGUGUUCUUGUCCAGGCUCCUUGUCAAAGAAGGACACCAGGUUACAUUAUUUACUAGAGGGAAGACACCCAUAACCCAACAAUUACCGGGGGAAUCUGACCAAGACUAUGCCGAUUUCUCAUCCAAAAUACUGCAUUUAAAAGGGGAUAGGCAAGACUUUGAAUUUGUCAAGACAAACCUUGCAGCUAAGGGAUUCGAUGUUGUUUACGACAUUAAUGGGCGUGAGGCUGCUGAGGUAGAGCCUAUAUUGGAUGGCUUGCCCAAGCUAGAACAGUACAUAUAUUGCUCUUCAGCUGGAGUGUAUCUUAAGUCCGAUAUUCUGCCGCACUUUGAGACUGAUGCAGUUGAUCCAAAGAGUAGGCACAAAGGAAAGCUCGAGACUGAGAACUUGCUGGACUCUCGCGGUGUGAAUUGGACCUCUCUUCGGCCGGUUUACAUUUAUGGGCCCUUGAAUUACAAUCCUGUAGAAGAAUGGUUCUUCCAUAGAUUGAAAGCCGGACGACCAAUUCCGAUCCCCAAUUCAGGAAAUCAAUUAACCCAGCUUGGGCAUGUUAAGGAUUUAGCGAGGGCUUUCGUGAUUGUUCUUGGCAACUCAAAAGCAAGCAGGCAAGUCUACAACAUCUCUGGAUCAAAGUAUGUCACCUUUGAUGGCUUAGCAAAGGCAUGUGCAAAGGCCGCGGGUUUUCCGGAACCAGAAAUCGUUCACUAUAACCCUAAAGAAUUUGAUUUUGGGAAGAAGAAAGCUUUCCCAUUCCGAGAUCAGCAUUUCUUUGCAUCGAUUGAGAAAGCUACAAAGGAAUUAGGUUGGACCCCAGAAUUUGGGUUGAUCGAUGGCCUUGCGGAUUCAUACAACCUCGACUUUGGCCGGGGAACGUACCGGAAGGAAGCUGACUUCUCCACAGAUGAUAUAAUCCUCAACAAGAAACUGGUCCUUACAUAAGAUAGUUUUUCUUUGUAAAUUUUGGCAUCAGAUCAAGGCCAUAUAUAUCGUUCAUUCAAACAAGUUAUACAGCCUUGUAAUUUUUCGCAAGGACCAGCAUUGAAUCGGCCACCAAGGUA